AUGACAAGCCCAACAGUAAGGAAGGAAGGGAAACAAAGUGAUGACAUGAUUAGCCAACUCCCAAAUGAGAUCCUGCACUGCAUCCUCUCUUCCCUGUCAUUCGACGAGGCUGUGAGAACCAGCAUCCUAGCCAAGAGUUGGAUCCCCUUGUGGAGGCAUGCCUCAUGCCUUGACUUUGAUGGGACUUGUAUGAUUAGGCCGUUAUCCAUGCUCCAGAAUCCACACUACAACUUUUUCACACCCAAAGCUGCUCGUGAGUAUGGUAAAAUUGUGAAGGACAUCAUUUUGAACCGUCACCUCAACGGUGACUUGACCAUGUGUCUUUUCAGGCACUACCCUAAGAGCCUCGUCUCUAAAGAGUUGGAAGCUUUGGUUCGGCUCGUGGUGGAGGUAUACAAAAACUUGGGCUCUCUUACCCUAGAUUGUUGUUGUCACCCGAAAGCUUUAGUUCAACCUUUUGAAUAUGUGAAGCUUUAUUUAACGCCUGGGAUCUUUUAA